AUGAAUCGGUGCGUCGCAGAGUUGCAGGCAGCUAGCGAGACGGCCGGUUGCGAGCGCACGCCACUGGCGCCGGGUGCUGACGCCAGCGCCAGAGCCAGCACCAACAGUGGCCCCGGGUGCGUCCACAAGGCCAGAGCGCGGCCUGGGCCUGCCCGCCGUCCCCACCACGACGUCCGCACUCAUCGCAUGUCCAAACUAGCCAUCGAGAAACUCAACGAGCUGUUCGACUUCCAGCAUUUCAUACGGGGGCCCGGCAGCGAUCACGUGCCCGCGUCGCAACGCGUCGCGGUCGGCGCCAGCGCCGCCCCAGAGUACACGCAUCGCAAGCUGCCGAGCGGCGGCGGCGACGACGAAGAGCAGGGCUUCGAGCCCCUCGAGAGCUGCUGUAGUGCAAGCUCCAACGUGCUUGGAAUUCCUCCGCCUCGUAGCGACGACAUCCACGCCUUGGCAGGCCCGCCCAAGGCCCUGGACGCGUGCCCCAUGCGGAUGUCCCAAGAGCACCACCUGCUUCUGCAUGAUCUGCUCUCCGGCGAUAUUUACGAAGACUAG